AUGAAAAAAUUUCGAGUCUCAAGCGAAAAUCAAAGACGAAUUUACACUACAUCGAUUGCCACGAAUUUUCGUAAAUCAAUUAGUUCACCGCGCGCAAUCACCAUAAUUCCAAAUAAGAUAAUUAAUCGUCACAAUUCCAUAAAGUCAUCCACCUCGGCAAUCGAGUACAAGCUUACUCAUCCUCGCGCAAAAGUUCAUCCUUUACCUGUGAUUGAUGUCCCCACCCCAUCGGCCGAGGAAGCUGUUACCAAUAUUUUGUACAACACCCCUGCGCCACCACCCACACCUCCCCAAAGACAUGUUCUCAACUGUCUUGUACAGAAUGAGCCUGGAGUAUUGAGCAGAGUGAGCGGAAUUUUGGCGGCUAGAGGUUUCAACAUCGAUUCACUGGUAGUAGCCAGCACUGAGGUGGCCGAUUUAAGUAGAAUGACGAUUGUUUUACGCGGACAUAAUGAUGUCAUUGAACAGGCUAGAAGGCAAUUGGAAGACCUGGCAAUAUGGGCGGUGCUUGAUUACACUCACACGAUUAUUAUCGAACGUGAACUGUUGUUGAUAAAGUUAUCCAUUUUGGGACCAGAGCACUUACACGAACAAUUAACCGCCAUUAAACGCGAGGAAUAUAACGAUGAAUUUAUGCCCGAAAUAGACUUAGGAUCCGAGCCACCCGAUGCCACGUCCGUAUUGAGCGAAGAUCCAAUUAUAGCUUCUAAUAAUUUGCCACUUCUACCGUCGGCAGCAUUACGGCACAAGCACGCUCACCUUCGAGCAUUGCUUGACCUUUCUAAUCUGUUCGGAGCCAAGCUGGUUGAUGUAGCGAGGGACAGCGUUGUAAUCGAAUUGACCGCUAAGCCCUCUAAACUUGAUGCCUUUGUCAAGUUAGUUAAGCCUUUUGGCAUUCUGGAAGCAACGAGGAGUGGAAUGAUGGCACUUCCACGCACACCACUUUUUGACCGCGAUGAUAAGCCUCCAGAGGUAGAAGAGCAAAGUGGCGGAGUUGACGCUACAAUGUUACCACCUGGUUCCCUGUCGACGAACACUCCUGAAGAUAAUUGUUAUGAUAAACGGACGCCCAAUGGCAUAAUUCAGGAAAAAAAUCACCUCGUCAAAAAUUCUCGUUCUCAAAAACCAAACACUCCCGAGGCAAUUGUUUUGCAUGCAGUUGUCGGCGGAUUGAGGUCUUAUGCACUUGCGCACGUAAUUCGCGGGGGAGUAAAUUUCUUGUUGAACGUGUUGACCUUGUUUCGCAAAAGGAGAGGAACCUUUAGGAAAGCAUUCGUUCGUGGAUUCUUUGGCAAAGACGCAAUUCGAUUUGGGGUGGCAUUUGGUGGUUUUUCUUUCCUUUGGAAAUUAAUCAACAAUGGAUUGAGACAUGUAAGAGGAAUUGAUGAUAGAUGGAAUGGAUUUAUUGCCGGCGCAAUUGCCGGAAUAUCGCUUGCGGCGGAGAAACGUGAGAGAAGAAUCACCAUUGCACAACAAAUGUUUGUGCGUGCGGUACAAGCCUUUUACAAAUGCGGCGGCUCACGGAAUUAUUUACGUAUUCCGAAUAUUGGUCCUUUGUUAUUCAUCAUAUCUACUGCACAAGUGAUGUAUGCAUAUACGAUGCAACCUUACACAUUGCCCCCGGAUUUUCUCCAUUUCAUGAUUAAAACCGCACGUGUUUCCAAAGAGACAUUGGAUUUGAAUCGAAAUUUUGUACGCGGAAGUCCCUUGAAAAUGGAGGAUGCGUUACAGAUCCUUGACAAGUACAAGGGAACAAAACAUGCAUAUGAGGUGGUGUCAAAGUUACCACCUUUUCCAAAAAUUAUUCCAUGUGAAUUGAUACACCCACAAUAUGAUUCUUGCAUAUAUGCGGACCUAGAAAGAUUUUAUCAAGCCUUCAAAGGAAUCUUGCCAGUUUACGCUACAUUAAAUUUUGUACCGAUGAUGGCUCUUAAAUUCCGACAAUUUUUCAAGAGUCCAACCGCAUUGUUACACAAGGGUGUCUUCAAUACCAUCCGAUCUAGCAUCUUCUUGGCCACUUUUGUUUCAAGCUACUUGACACAAAUAUGCAUUCAUCGUAAUAUUGCAAAGUCUGUUAAAAUGAAUUUAAAUACAAAAUAUAUAUAUUGGAUAACGGGAGUGAUUAGCUCCACGGCGAUAUUCAUUGAGAACAAAGGACGGAGAGAUGAUCUGUCGUUGUACGUAGUACCCAAAGCUGCUGAAUCAUUGUAUAAAAUUAUGUAUCAAAAGAAUUGGAUAUUUGAAUUGCAUAGCGCUGCCGAUAUUUGUUUUUUUUCGGCUGCCAUGGGUGUCAUUAUGACUUGCUUCCAGCAUGAACCUGAAGUAUUAAGUCCAAUGACAAAAACCAUCUUACGCAAAUUCUUUGGGAACAAUUAA